AUGGCGUCAACAGGCGCGGCCGUCCCAAGCGUUGCCCAGGGUCCAUUCCACUUCUGCAAGCGAUCGACCCGCCUCGGUGGCUCAAGAUGCUUUUCAGCCCACGCACCUCGUGAGCUUUGCGCAGGUCCAAGGUUGCCACUGUACUUUGCUUUAGCACAUGGCCCUCUGGAUGGAUGCUGGCUCACUUCUGCGCCAAUGUGGGGUCAACAGCAUAUGCGAGCAAAGCUAGCCGUACAACGUGCAGGCCAUAACCACGAAUGGUGGCUGCGCAUGAUGCAUCAUUCGUGA